UUUAAAUUUGAGUUUUAUUUUUAUCCGCUAGAGGCCGUUAUGAAUGUAAAUCGUUUGUUUUGCGAAUUGAUGGAAGAAGUUCUACCUGUGAAAAUAAUCAUUUCAGAAAGAAUUUAUAAAGUUAUGAGGGUGGAGAAUUAUUGCAAUUAUAUAAGAAAAGUAUUUGUUAACACCUAAAAUAUUAUAAUGAGUGAUGAUUCUAUUCACCGCCUUGAAAGUAUAUCUAACCAAGCAGGUGGAUUAAUCAUUAAGAAGAAAAAUACUGAUGAUGCUGACACUUUUAAAGUUCCAAGAAAAUCUCUUCUUGGUUUAGAUGUGUUAGCUGCGAAAAAGAGGAAAGAACUACAGGAGCAAGAACAAAAACAUUCAAAGAUUUUAUCUUAUAAGGAUGAUUGGGAAGAUGUUGAAGAUGAUGACGAAAAUGAAAAUUCAAGAAAAAAUAUUUCCCGUGAUAGGCAUUACCGAUCUUCAAGAAUUGAGACACCUUCUCAUCCAGGUGGGGUCAGCAAAGAGUAUCAGAUGAGAUUGCAUCAGCGUCAAGAUAGAGAUCGAGAAAGAGGAGUAUAUGCAUCUUCUAAAAAAGACAAGACUAGAGAUUCUAAUAAAAACAGAUAUAAAGAAGAGGGAGAAUCUAGAUAUCACAAAGGGAGAGAAAGAGAGAGAUCGCCAAGAUCAGAAAGAUAUGGAGAAAGAUCAAGUCGUUACUGGGAUGAAAGUCCGAGAAGAAGAGAGGAACCUCCUACUCCCAGUAUACAACUUAAAGAUACACCAUCCAGAUGUACUUGGGAUGAUGAUGAUCCAACUCCAUCGCGCUUUUCAACUUGGGAUUUACCCACGCCUAAUCCACGUAAAGAUGACGAUCAUAUAAGUUAUUCAGAGAAAAGAUUCAGAAAUUCUGGUGAGGACACCCCAAGAUUUACACCUGUUCAUAAAUAUAAUGCAUGGGCAAAUGAUAGAAGGAAAAUGGGUGCUACUCCAUCAGAAAGCAGCAGGAAAGAUAGAUUACCUUGGGGAUCUGAAGAGGAUAGGUUUGAAUGGGAAGAAGAACAGAAAAGAUUGGAUAGAGAAUGGUAUUCAAUGGAUGAAGGCUAUGAUGAUAUACACAAUCCAUUUUCUGGACUUUCAACAGAAUAUGCUAAAAAGAAAGAAGAAAUGUUGGAGCAAAAAAGAAAAAAACGAAUGUCUGCUCAACAAAGACAGAUUAACAAGGACAAUGAAAAGUGGGAAACCAAUAGAAUGCUUACAAGUGGUGUUGUACAGCGGUUAGAAGUAGAUGAAGAUUUUGAUGAAGAUAAUGAAGCUAGAGUACAUUUACUUGUACAUAAUAUUGUACCUCCAUUCCUUGAUGGAAGAAUUGUCUUCACAAAACAACCAGAACCUGUUAUUCCUGUAAAAGAUCCCUCAUCAGAUAUGGCCAUAAUAUCUCGUAAAGGCAGUGCCAUUGUUAAAUUUCAUAGAGAACAAAAGGAACGGAAAAAAGCACAGAAGAAAGAGUGGGAAUUGGCUGGUACUAGAAUAGGAGAAAUAAUGGGAAUCAAAAAGAAAGAAGAAUCGGAUGAGAAAAUGAAUGAAGAUGGAGAAACAGAUUAUAAAGUUGAUCAUAAAUUUGCCAAACAUAUGAAAAAUGCAGGAGAGGCAACAAGUGACUUUGCAAAAAAGAAAACAAUUACUCAGCAACGACAAUAUCUUCCAAUAUUUGCAGUGCGUGAAGAACUGCUGAAUAUAGUUAGAGAGAAUAGUAUUGUGAUUAUAGUAGGAGAAACUGGAUCUGGAAAGACAACUCAGUUAACACAGUAUCUCCACGAGGAUGGGUACAGUAAAUAUGGCAUGAUUGGAUGCACUCAACCUAGAAGAGUUGCUGCCAUGUCAGUUGCUAAGAGAGUUUCGGACGAGAUGGGAGUUAGUUUAGGAGAAGAAGUGGGUUAUGCAAUCAGAUUUGAAGAUUGCACAUCAGAGAAAACGAUAAUAAAGUACAUGACGGAUGGUAUUCUUCAAAGAGAAUCUCUUCGAGAAUCUGAUUUAGAUAAUUACAGUGUCAUCAUCAUGGAUGAAGCUCACGAACGCUCCUUAAGUACUGAUGUUUUAUUUGGAUUACUGAGAGAGGUUGUUGCAAGAAGACAAGAUUUGAAAUUGAUAGUAACCUCGGCAACUAUGGAUGCAUCUAAGUUUGCAAUGUUUUUUGGAAACGUACCUGUCUUUACUGUUCCCGGAAGAACUUUCCCAGUCGAAAUAUUUUUCAGUAAAAAUCCUGUGGAAGAUUAUGUCGAUGCUGCUGUUAAACAAGCGCUACAAAUUCACUUACAACCUAAUGCAGGUGAUAUUUUAAUAUUUAUGCCCGGUCAAGAAGAUAUAGAAGUUACUUGUGAUUUAAUAUCAGAACGUCUUGGAGAGAUAGAAAAUGCUCCACAGCUUGCAAUACUUCCAAUUUAUUCCCAAUUACCUAGUGAUCUGCAAGCCAAAAUAUUUCAAAAAGCUCCAGAUGGCGUCAGGAAGUGUGUAGUUGCGACCAACAUUGCUGAAACAUCUCUCACAGUGGAUGGUAUUAUAUUUGUUGUAGACAGUGGUUAUUGUAAACUUAAGGUUUAUAAUCCUAGAAUAGGUAUGGAUGCUCUUCAAGUUUAUCCUAUAAGUCAGGCAAAUGCUAAUCAGAGAUCAGGAAGAGCUGGAAGAACAGGUCCUGGAUUCUGUUUCCGGUUAUAUACGGAGAGUCAGUAUAAAAAUGAACUUCUCAGUACGACCGUUCCAGAAAUACAAAGGACAAAUUUGGCAAACGUAGUACUUCUGUUAAAGUCUCUCGGUGUGCAGGAUCUUUUACAGUUUCAUUUUAUGGAUCCACCCCCACAGGACAACAUUCUAAAUUCUAUGUAUCAGUUAUGGAUUCUUGGAGCUUUGGAUAACGUUGGAAGUUUAACUCCAUUAGGAAGAAAUAUGGAAGAAUUUCCAUUAGAUCCAGCUCUUUCAAAAAUGCUUAUUGUUUCUUGUGACAUGCAGUGCAGUGCUGAAAUAUUGAUUAUUGUAUCGAUGCUCUCAGUUCCUUCCAUAUUUUAUCAUCCAAAAGGUAGAGAGGAAGAUAGUGAUGCAGCUAGAGAAAAAUUUCAGGUUCCAGAGAGCGAUCAUUUAACAUAUUUAAAUGUUUAUCAUCAGUGGAAAAAUAACGGUUAUUCGACGAAUUGGUGCAACGAACAUUUCAUUCACAUUAAAGCUAUGAGAAAGGUGCGGGAAGUACGACAACAGUUAAAAGAUAUUAUGGAACAACAAAAGAUGACCAUAAUCUCCUGCGGCACCGAAUGGGACAUUGUACGAAAAUGCAUAUGUUCCGCUUAUUUUCAUCAGGCGGCAAGACUUAAAGGCAUUGGCGAAUACGUCAAUUGCAGGACAGGAAUGCCUUGCCAUCUCCAUCCUACGAGUGCACUAUUUGGAAUGGGUUUUACUCCAGACUACGUGGUAUAUCACGAGUUAGUGAUGACUAGUAAGGAAUACAUGCAAUGUGUGACUGCAGUUGAUGGACAAUGGUUGGCCGAAUUGGGUCCAAUGUUCUAUAGCAUUAAAGAAUCGACUAAGUCCCGACAGGAAAGACGCAAAAUGGCCAAGCAGAACCAGAACCAAAUGGAAGAAGAAAUGGCUCUGGCUCAAGAACAGCUGAAACAGAGAAGAGAAGAACAGAAAUCUCGUGAUUGCAUUUCCGUCAGAAAAAAUCAGAUUGCCACACCUGGGAGAUUAGAACCGGGAACACCUCGAAGAACACCAUCGAGAUUUGGAUUGUGAGAAAUCUUGUUGAUUUUAAUUCAUUCGCGAGUUUUAAAAACUUUUUGUAAAUACAAAAAGAAUUAAAAGAUUUUAACGCGA